AACACCUCUUCCCCACAAUCGUACCAACGUGGAAGCGACGUGAUCCCGCCCUCGUCACCACCAUCACCAGCAUAUAUCCACGCCGCCAUCUCACAACGGUAGCAAAGCCUUCUCUAUAAUCUCUCACGACGUUCGUAGCAACAAGCAAAGCCCGAUAGUAGACACGCUCAGCAUUCUCCCCCACGCUCCCUUUCCGCACAAGAUUCCCCUCCUCCACGCUCUCUGCUCCCCGUACUACUGAUACUACACGCAGCACGUCAAAAGGGCUGCUCCUAUACCACACCGUCGCCAUGUCUGCAUCCUCGCAACUUCAAGUCGCUUCUCCGAUUGUCAGAUCUCCUGCGCCCCAGCCGAGGAAUCAGCAACGCAAGCCCUCGUCCUCUAAAGUCAACAGUGCAAACACAAUCCCAAAAGCAGCUGCUUCAGAUGCGGUAGCUCACUCGCCGCGGGCAUCCCCACGCAAUGCAAGGCCCAGUUUGCCUAAGCAGAAGUCCGCUUCCCAUCAACAGCAGCCUCAGCAGCCAGGAGCAGGAGAGCAGAAGCAGCAAAGAGGAAAGACGGCCGAGGUGAAGGACUCGAGCUCGCCACAGGUCAAGCCCUCUCGUCCAGCAGUCUCUGGAGCUGCUCAUAUCAGCGCGGAUACCUCUGUGAGUGUCGCAUCACCCAAUAAAACUGCUGCUACCAGACAGCCCCUGCCAUCGAGCGCCAAGAAGACUCCCAACCGCACCCCGUCUACCUCGAAUUCAAAGGCAGCUACCCCUGCUCCCGGCGAUACUGGCGCUCCCAUUCCGGAUCCCGUCCUUAAGACUACAGGUUGGGCAGAGAUGGCAGAAGAAGAGUUCGGAGAUCCAGCAGUCAUGUCCUCCUUCCCCUUGCGGCCGCCACCUUCUGAUGCCCAGCUGGCAAAGAAGGCUCGACAGAAGGCUAAGCAAAAGGAGAAGCAGGAGGCGAGAAAGUUGCUGAAGGGAGAGACCCCUUCACAACCAGAGUCUCAUGUGACUCCGGCGCCGGUCCAGCAACAUGCGGCUAAUAUCGUCCCCCAAGCCGAAAGUACUGAGCUGGGCAUCUCAGAGCAUAAGGAGGCCCCCGCGAAGUCACAGCCUCAGCCUUCGUCUUCCGUCCCUCAAGCCGUCCCGCUUGUGCCAAGGCCAAGUAACGAUGGCAGCUCGUCUGCGCGCUCCGAUCGAUCAUACGACUUUCACAGUAUCUUCCAAGGAGGACGAGGCGGGUUCCAAAGCGUUCCUAUGCGUGGCAUGCAUAGCUCGCUUCGAGGUAGAGGCGGCUCUCGCUUCGGUUCAAAUUCUUCAUGGGAUGGUAUCUCUCAGUGGAGAGAGCCCAAGGCGCCUAGUAUGUCUCCUUCGCCAUCUCAGUGGGGCAAUGGCGCAGCUCCUCCCAUCAUGCCUCGGGCACAGAGAGAGGCAAUGGAGCGGCAGGCUCGCCAGCAGCAACAGAAGGCUUUAGCGCCCAAGACCAGAGCGGGUAGCAAUUCGGACGCUAGUCAUAGUGGCCAUUCCACACCUGCUACGACCGUCGUGUCCUCUCCGCUCCUACAGAGCAAGCGUAGCCUGGAGAUAGAGACGCAGCUGCACCAGUCUGCAGCUGCAGAGAGUCAAGAUGUGUCAAGGGAAGCGCAGGACAGCUCGGCUGUAGUUGACAUGGCUCGGACGGGAACAGGUAUGACAGACGAGCGUCGGGCGGAAGCCAGUGCUCUGGUAGCAGAGCAUGGUACGGCAGAUAGUGAGAGCCAGCCGCAUCGAGUCGUUGUCAAGCUACCUUCACCAGUGGUUCACCGGGCAAAGCAGCAGAAUGAUGCAGAGGAACAGAAGGGAGAAGAUGCUGGGGCCACUGCUGCCAAAGUUGCUGAGACUCAGGACGAUCAGGACUCCGAUGUCAUCACUUUGCCGCUCCCUAGUGGCUUGCCGCUUGGUCUCGCCAUCGAUGCUGAAGGCCAGGUGUGGGACCUUCGUGAGGGCUUCGCGAACCAGGUGUCCCACUUUUCUUCACCUGCCGUGCAACAGAUCCUGCGAUCGUCAAAUGCUUCUCAGGCAGAACCCUCUGCUGCUCCCGUCACGAACGACGCCCAGCAUUCCACGUCUUUGCAGCCAGUAGCGGCCGACAUGCCUCGCUCGGCAACGCAUGCUCCAAGUCACAUUCCUCGCUCUGCCGCGCGAGCGGCCGCCUUCCGACCUAGCGGAUCUAUCAGUAUCUCAGCCUCGCAGUAUGCCCAGUCUCAGUCACCCGAACAGCAGCACUUGCACGCCCUCUUCGCUGCAGCCCCUCGUCACGCGCCACGCGGCAGUAUUCAGGACGACGUCUUCUCGCCCAGUGUCAUGCAGUACUCGAUGACCACAGAUGGCAUUCCUGCUUCCGCGACCCAUCACUACACUCAGAGUCCCACCAUGGCCUAUUUUGACGGUUCACUGCCAGUCACAAUGCACGGUGGCGCCUACGGGAUGGCCCCUCCGCCGGGCUACUACCCAGGGUACGCCACCAAUCCCGCAAUGACGAUGGAGCAACCUGGGUACAGCACACCUCUUUCGGCCUCUUCCUCACAGCAGGCCUUCCCGCAACAUAUGCUGCCGCAGGAGCAGUCCUUUGCUCAGUAUGACCAUCAGCAGCAGCAGCAGCAGCACCAUCAACAUCAAGUACAGCAACAUCCAUACCAGCCACGUCACCCUUCGCAAGCUUCGUACAUGUCUCCGCAUCAAUACCACCAGCAGCAGCAACAAUAAUCAUCUCAUCACUAGCACGUCCGACGCCCUCUAUUAGGGUCGGCGCCAUUUCACUCUCGUAUCACUUAUGCUUCUUGUCUUCAAUCAAUGUCAUCCAUUAUUGUCCACCAUUCGCCAUACUGUCCUCUGCUAGGGGAUCAGUCUGACACUACCUAGCUAGCAGAUCUGUUGCUGACCUCCCGUCCUGGUGCCGAGCUGGCAAGUAGGCCUCUUGAUCGAGCCUGUGCUUGCGUUUCGCACAUGCAGCCCUCGUGCAAUUGAUACACACGAUUUUCGAGACGGGAAGACAAGAUGAGAUGGGCAUUAAAAAAGACGAGCUAUGUACAAAUGGGCAGCCUGAGGCGGGGCUGAAAGGAAGAC